UCCGGCUUAAGCAGUCAUUUGAAAGAGGAAGAGGAAACGUAAGGGACAUUGAUAUAUAAAGCAAGGAUGGCAUUAUCUGCGAAGCGCGAUGAUAUUAAGCAAGUACCAUGGUUUUCCUUAACAGAAUGGCACAAUGUGUACAGACAAAUUUACUCCAACGAUGCGAUCGAGCAAAUGAAAGCAUACGAAGCGCUUUUAGCGUGGAAAGCCAGGAUGCCAAAACUACCGGUAGGUGUAGACUGCACCUUAUCGAUUUUGCAAGUGUGCCUUCGUGAUCGUGAAUGGACAUCAAAAAUUGACAAUGGCGAGCUACCAAUGUACUGCGAGAAUGAUUUAAGUUUAAUUUAUUCGACCACCAUCAUGAGAUUCUUGAAUCAUUUUUGCAAUAUAGGACACACGAAACAGACAUCCCUAUUUCAGAUUGCCAAACAUCUCAGAAUUCCAGAGUGGAUAGUUAGUUUAAGGCAUCAAGCUGCUCAUGGUUGUGAAUUACCUUCUAUCGGAGUAUUAAGAAUAGCUAUUAAUAUAUUGCUCCACUGGUUACAUGAUGAAUAUUGGGCGGCCGAGGCACGUAUGAUAGAAAAAUGCUAUAUGAAGGAAGCUAAUAUGUUAGAAGAAAAAGAAGAACUCGAAGAGAUACAAGCCUUUACGGAUUUAAUCGAACUGUGGACAGCUGUUAGUUUAUAUAUCGAUGCUGGGUAUAAAUUAGUAUCAAAUUUACCAGAGGUACAACUACGGGAAGUAUUACAAGAUUUAUGGAUAUACAUGUUAUCUCAAUAUUAUGGUAAAACUGCAGACAAUGAUGACAAAUAUAUAUUCAUUCAUGGAAAAACUCUAAAGAUUAAUAAGGAAUAUAACUUGAAAGAUGCAAAAGCUUUACUUUUAUCUGAGAUAUCUAUGCAUUUGACCGAAAGCAAAUCCUUAAUCACGAUACCUAAGAAAAGUGAUAUAAUUUGCAAUGUUUUGCUAAAAAAUGAAGCCUUUCUACCAAAUAUAGAUGUUAUGCAAAUAUUUCAACAAAAAGGAAAAAAGAAUAUUGACUUGAAUAAAAAAAUUUUGCCACCUGAUAUGCUUCGAUUUUGGAAAGAUAUAAUUUUUUUGCUCCAUAACAAGAAGAUAUUAGAUAUACUGAUAUCUAAGCUGCUCAGUAUUAUAAACCAAGAACAAGAAAGCAAGGAAAGAAGAACUCUUGCCACCUUAUGGAUAAGCUCUAUCAUCUACAGUUUUAUUCAACUAGACUUGGCUCAAAAUAUUUCUCAUACUAUGGAAUAUAAACAGACGAAAGAGGGCAUAAAACUAGUCGCAAAGUCAGUUUUAAAUCAGCAUCUCAAAGAGUUUGUACAUCAUAAUCAUCCAUAUUUGCGGAAUGUCUUGUGGUUAGAUAUAUCGAGCACUAUACCAUAUUUUCUAACCGAUAUAAAUUUUUUAUCCAAACUUUUAUUACAUAUAAAUGAAUUCUCUGCAAGAUUAAUAGAACCAAUUUUGAAGUUUGUUUCACCGAAGAUAGAAGUGCAGACAACAAAACAUUUAUUAAAUUUACUUAAAAUUUAUACAUUUCAAAAGUAUAAUAAUGAAGAUAAUCGCAGCAAUAACGAUAUCUGUGAACAGAAAAUAUUUACCAUUGAAGAUUUUGAUGCAAGUUCAAUAAGAAAUGAUGCAAAAAUAUACAAGAAACAAUGUGCGGCCAAAACGAAAGAUACUUACUUAUUAACCGAUCAAAUAAUCCGCAAUUUACAUUGGAAGCCUGCAUCUUUUGAUACUCUUUUGCCUCAUCAAUGGAUCGAAUGCCCUAUCGGAUUACUGCCAUGGCAAAUGGAUUCGUUGAAAAGUUUAGAACCACUUGAAGAAUUAAAUCCAUCAAAACAUCCAGUUUCAAUCCUGGAUUCGCAAAUAAUCGCUGGCAUUAUAAAUCGAAAAAGUUUAAAAAUGCAAAGUCGUAUCAAGUGGGAAAAGGUAUUGCGAAAAAAGAGGAGGAUGGAAAGAAAACAUAAUAGGGAUAUCACAGACAUUAUAAUGAACAGAGCAUUAGAAAUCGCGAAAAAAUAGACACAGCAUAGACAUUUUAUAAUUAAAUAUUAUCGUUUAUCACAAAUUGCUUUCAACAAAUAA